GUGAAUGGUCAAAGUAAUAUGAAAUGCCAGUGGGAUCCUGGAAGGGAAACACAUUUGGAUACAACAUAUGUUUUAAAGUCAAAAUGGUAAGUCGCUUUGUGAAAUGAUUGGGAUGUUAGCUAUGUAAAAAAAUUCUGAUAGAAAAUUUGGGGGUUUUUUGUUAUUGUUAGGGAGCAAUAAUGUCAACAUGAAAAUUUAAAUAGACUUUGCCUUGAAUUUUUAGGGUUUUUUUGUAUUUUCAUGCAUGAAGAUAACUUGUUCUUUUUUUUUUUCCAUUUCAGGAAAAACAGGUAAAGGUAUAUUUUUUCAGUUUCUAUGCUCAUUUCUAAUUUAUUUGGAAAAUGUAAUUAGUUAGAAGCCCAACUUAUGUUAUUUUUACUCACUGAAUUUCUUCCUAAUUUUUUUAAUAAGGCAUUUUAAAUAGGUUUCAUAAAAUGGAUCAUAGACAGAAGUAACCAUCAAAGCUAUCCAACCAGAGAUUUUUGAAAGAUUCACACACUCUGUCUUUCUAAAGAAACAGUGAUACUUUCACUGUUAAAGUUAAGUCAGUUUUAAAUCUCUUCGGAUCUCUUCUUCAGUAAUUGUUUCAGCUAAACAAAAAAUGCAAAAUAAAGUUUUUUUCUUUGUAGAAAAAUGGGCAUAUUUUAAAAGCAGUUGAAAAAAAUUGUGCAAUUUUAGCACUAGAUAGGGAUUUUAUCAGCCAUUAUUUCAACAUCCUAUUUUUACAAACAGGAAAGUGAGACCCAAAGAGGUUUAAAUGACAUUUCAGUGGUUCUUAACUUUUUUGUGUGUGAUAGACCCCUUUAUCAGUCUAGUAAAAUCUGUAUCUUUUCUCAGAAUGUUUUUAAGUGUAUAAGAUACCAUAUAUAGAAUUACAAAAAAGAAAUCAAAUUGAAAAUAUGUUGCAAUAAAGCUAUCCAAAAAAAAAAUUAUUUUAAGUUCACAGAUCUCAGAUUAAAAGUCUAUGAUUAUAGACAUAGUGGCAGUGGUUUUAUAGUUAGGAUUUCAUAUGCAUCCACAUUUCUGAUUUAGGGUAUUAAUAGCUGUGAUUCCAGAGAAAGAAGUCCCAAAAAAUUUAUAUAAGAUAUGUUGAAGAAUUCCAAAGUUCAAAGAAAGAAGAAAGAAAAUAGAAAUAAAAUAAGAGGCCACUACAGCAGCUGGCAGAUUGCAUUCCACCAACUGGUGUAAAUAAUUCAUGCACAAUUGAGAUGGUUGUGGUUUUUGUCAAUAUGGAUAUAUGGGUAGUAGCUACAAAUGCCCUUGGAAGUGUUUCAUCUGAUCGUAUCAAUUUUGAUCCCAUCGAUUUUGUGAAACUGCUUCCUCCACAUAAUUUAUCAGUCACCAAGUCUAAGGAAAUAUCCAGUAUCUUAAAACUGUCCUGGAUCAACCCUACUAAGCCUUUUGAGAAACUGAAAUAUAACAUUCGGUAUCGUGCCAGAGGUGCUUCAAAUUGGACACAUAUUCCUCCUGAAGACACAGCUUCAACCCGAAAUUCAUUUACUGUUCAGGAGCUCAAACCUUUUACAGAAUAUAUGUUUUCAAUUCGUUGUAUGAACAAAGAUGGUAGGGGAUUCUGGAGUAAUUGGAGUGCAGAAGCAAGUGGAAUCACAUAUGAAGCUCAACCAUCAAAUGCACCAAGUUUGUGGUAUACGAUUGAUCCUUCUCAAGAUCAUGGAUAUAGACAAGUACACCUAAAAUGGAAGACUUUGCCUCCAUUUGAAGCCAAUGGAAAAAUCUUAGAUUAUGAAGUCACUCUAAUGAGAGGGAAAACAACAUAUUUAUCAAGAUAUGUUAAUGAUACAAAAUUGACUCUGAAUGUCACAAAUGAUUCUUAUUCCAUAAGUCUGAAAGCUCGUAAUAAAGUCGGAAGCUCUGAAUCAACUACUUUAACUAUUCCUGGCCGUGACUUUAAAGCAGCUCACCCCGUAACAAAUCUUAAAGCGUUUCCUAAAGAUAAGAAACUUUGGGUAGCAUGGACACCUCCAAAUGAAUCUGUAAAUAAAUAUAUACUGGAGUGGUGUGUAUUUUCUGACAGUUUGCCGUGUACUCCCGAUUGGCAGCAAGAGGACAGUAGUGUGAAACUAACCUACUUACAAGGAAAUUUAACGGAGAGCAAAUGUUAUUUGAUAACGGUUAUCCCAGUGUAUAAUAAUGGCCCAGGAAGCCCCCAGUCUGUAAAGGCAUAUCUUAAACAAGCUCCACCUUCUACAGGACCUGUGGUUCGAAUAAAGAAAGUGGGGAAAAAUGAAGCUGUCUUAGUGUGGGAUCACCUUCCUAUUGAUAACCAGAAUGGAUUCAUCAGAAACUAUACCAUAUUUUACAAAACUAGCAAUGGAAAUGUAACAGCUGUGCAUCUGAACUCAUCCCACACAGAAUAUACACUUUCUCCCUUGAUUAGUGACACAUUGUACGUGGUGCGAAUGGCAGCAUAUACAGAUGAAGGGGGCAGGGAUGGUCCAGAAGUCAAUUUUACUACUCCAAAAUUUGCUCAAGGAGAAAUUGAAGCCAUAGUUGUGCCAGUUUGCUUAGCGUUCUUGUUGACCACCCUUCUGGGAGUAUUGCUCUGUUUUAACAAACUAGAUUUGAUUAAAAAACACAUUUGGCCUAAUGUUCCAGAUCCUUCAAAGAGUCACAUUGCUCAGUGGUCACCUCAUACACCAAAUAGGCAUAAUUUACAUCCCAAAGAUCAAAUGUACCCAGAAGGCAAUUUCACUGACACUGAUGUCAGUGUUGUGGAAAUAGAAGCAAAUGAAAAAAAGCCUCUUCCAGAAGACCUGAAGUCAUUGGAUCUCUUCAAAAAGGAGAAAAUCACUACAGAGGGACACAGCAGUGGUAUCGGAGGUUCUUCAUGUAUGUCAUCUUCUAGGCCAAGCAUUUCUAGUAAUGAUGAAAGCGAAUCUGGACAAAACACUUCAAGCACCGUGCAGUAUUCUACUGUGGUACAUAGUGGCUAUAGGCACCAGCUUCCAUCAGUUCAGGUCUUCUCAAGAUCUGAGUCUACCCAGCCUUUACUGGACUCGGAGGAGCGACCAGAAGACCUCCAGAUAGUAGAGAAUGGAGGAAGUGGUGAGGGCGCGUCACCCAGGCAGCAGUAUUUCAAACAAAACUGUAAUCAAGAUGAAAUUGGUCCAGAUUUAUCACAUUUUGAAAGAUCAAAGCAAGUUUCUUCAGUGAAUGAGGAAGAUUUUGUUAGGCUUAAACAGCAACAGAUGUCAGAUCAGAAAUCACAGUCCUUUGCAUCUGAACAAGUGAAAGAUUUUGAAGUCGUUUCUGUAGCAGAUCGUUUUGGUGCAAGUACCGAGGCACAAAUUCAAAGGUUUGAACCAAUUGGAUUAGAGGCAGCAACUGAGGAAGGAAUGUCUAAAAGCUAUUUGCCUCAGACUGUAAGACAAGGGGGCUAUGUGCCUCAGUGAGGGGAAACUUUUCUCUUAAGACUCUUAAACAGUGACUAUUUUUGUGCAAAAUAAAGCUAAAUAUACUUUUAUCUGUGAUUUCAGACAAAAACAUCACUUAGAGAAGAUGGUUAUUUGCCCUCCUGGACUAUAUACUUUUACUUAAAUGGGUUAUUUCUCUUCCAGAAUAACUGGGAUUCUACUUCAAGCACUACAUGAACUGUUUUGCAUCCUGUCUGAAUAGUUAAAUUUGUGCUGCUUCAGGAUGUUUGCAUUUUAAAAAGAAAAAACUUAUCUAUAAUUCUUUAAGGAAACUUCAUUUCUGUUUUGUUUUUGAAAAGACAGAGGGCAUUUAAGCAGUCAGCAUAGCUGUACUGACUCAGAAAUUACUGGCUUUUUUAAGAUGGUCAGUUAUUCUAAGAGUGGUAAAAGUAAGAUAUUUGAGCUUAGGAAGAUUUUUUUUUAAAGUGAAGAAUCCUGUUUGGUUUUCAUGUUUUUGUUUGUAAAAUAAUGAACAAGGUACUAUAAAUAACAAGAAUGAUUUCUACAUGCCACAAAAAUGGUCAGUCUCAUUAUCAUGUAGUGUAAGGCCUAAAUUGAUUUGUUUUCAAUUAUGAUGAUGCCACUGAUUGUUUCCACGGAACUCAAACUGUUGAUCCUCCGUCUUAGAAAAUUAAAAAGCUAAGAUAUUUGCCAUUUUGUAUACCAAAUAUAAUCUUCACUUCAUACAGUGACUGAGCAUUCCACUACUACUACAGUCACGAGCUUCAUUUAGGCAAAUUCAUUUAUGUCAAGUGUUCAUUGGAAAGAUCAAAUGCUGCAAACUGCUUUAGGUAUUUUUUUAUCUAUCAUUUGUAGUUUGCAGAUGUUUAAAUCUAUAACAUUUCUUUGUUGGUAUAUUUUGAAAUUAUAGACUAUUAGGCUUUAGAAAAUGAUGUUAGAGCACUUUAUCUAAACUUUUAUUUUACUUUAAAAUUUUUGUCAUUUAAUAUAUUUUGUGUUUUUUCUUUUUAGUUAAAUGUGGCAGCAUUGAAAAAUUACUGUUAUUUUCUUAGCACUUGACUCAUUUGAUGCUAGUUAUUGCUAUUCACCACGUGAAAAACAAAAAACCUCUAAAUACUGAUUUUCCUAGAAUUGCAACCAUUGUUGUCAUCAGAAUUAUAUUUACUUAUUUACUGAAGAGAGUGUUUUUAACAAGAUACUGCAGAUUAGUCCAGUGGUAGAAUGGGAAGUAAGCAUACCCAGCCUCAUUCAUUCUGUCUUAUGGUUAAGGACUUGUUUUGAAGCCUUUUUAAUAUGCUAUCUUUCAGGGGCCUAGGUUCAUAUUGCUGGCUUAACCUUAUGGUUUACAUGUUCAUUUGUAUCACCCUCUAAAAGUCCAUUUUCUACCAGCCAUAUUUUAACAAGGUAUUAGGCCAAACAGAUCAGAUAAAUAUGUGUUAGAGCUUGAAAUGAGAAAAAGCUCACUAGUGACAAAGUAAGACUCUUGCUAUCCAAGGAAGGGAUAAGCAGUUGUUUUUUCAUCAGAUUUGAGUUGCAGAAAUCAGACAGACUUUCAGAUAUGGCUCUGCCUAGAGGUUACUAGUCUUUAUUAUGACUAGUGUUUAUUUCAAGAUGAAAUAAAAUUCUAUUCUCAUUAUCUUAAUUGUUCACACUAGAUGUUCUGCUUUGUGAGUAUGUUUUCUUUACAUUUUAAUUCUUUAUACUUAUCAAAGAAGCCAUAUGGCCUAGUGAAUGUGAAACUGGCCUCAGAAUCAGAAACACCUGGAUUCAAAUCUCCUGUAUAAUAUAUUCUGACUGUGAGACCCUGGGUCAGUCACUUACAAUCUCUUCAAGAGUUUCCUUGGGCACUGAGAGGCCAAGAUUUAGAAGAGGUGCUUAUGGACUGCUUUAGUGGAGGAUUUUCCUCCCUGGGGAACUUCAUACAGCAAUGAACUCAUAGGCCCAAUUCUCUAAAAAGUUCCUUUUCAAAAUAUUUUUACAUUUAUGGUCUCAUUUAAUAGACAAUCCUAACUUUCUGUGUAAUAAGACAUCCAUUUUCUUUCCCUUGACAAAAGAUUAUUAAAACAUAAAAUUAAAGACCUGGAAGAGAGUUCAUUUCACAUAAAUAGAAUCAACUAGGCCACUGAUUUUCACUUUGUGGUAUCAUGGUCCCUUAUAGUUGUUUAGUGAAACCUAUAGGACCCUUUCUCAAAAUAAUGUUUUUAAAUGCACAAAAUAAAAUCAGUUAUAUUAAAAUACUUUUAAAAAACAAGUUCACAAACUCUAAGGUAGAAACCCUAGAUCUAUGCCAGCCUCCAGUACUCUCAUUUUGGGUACAGGCUCAAACCAGAUCUCAAAAAUUCUGUAAUACUAUACAAUCUGAGACUCAAGUAACAAUGACUUGUCUCAGAUUUAAAAAUUUCAGUGGCGUCACUGCUUUUUAAAGUGGAAUUUAAAUAUAGACCCUAUAGAGUACCAAGUUACGACAAAUACCACUUAUCUAAAUUUUAUUUUCUUUUAAAAUGAUAUCUCCCUUUAUCUCUUACAACAGACGUAUCAUAAAAUUCCCAACAGUGGCCUGAACCAAAUUAAAAUGUAAUUGGCAAAUAUUUAACAAAAUAAAUAAAAAUACAAUAAAAAUCGAUAUUAUAAAACUAAGUCAAUAUGCAGUUCAUUGGAAUCCUUGUAUACAGUUUAAUGGCUCCAGUUUCUUUUUGAAUAAAACACCAUUGUCUUUAGAGUGCCUCAAAAUGCUCCUCUGGCCUUUAUCACAUUCUACCAUUUGUAUGUAUUGGAGUAUAUGUUAGGUGCCUUUCAUCAGAUUCUAAGAUCUUUGAGAGUAGGCAAAAACUAUUGUCAUUCUCUUAUGUCCUUUGUAUAUAGCACAGUGCCUUUUAACAAGUAGGUGCCUAAUAGAUAGUUAUUGAAUUGAGUAAUAAUGUUUUAUUUUUAAUCAUAACAUUUUUUUCUCAAAUCAUACUUUUUAUCAGGUUUAUGGAGUAGUUAUGGAGUUUCUGUUAGUGAUUUCCUUUUGGUAAAACACAGACAAUUCAUUUGGAGAGAAAGUAUUUUUUUAGUGUUUGGGGGUUUUUUCCCUUAUUUGGUUUAGUUUCUUAACAAUCCCAGAGUAAAAGAAUGGAUGCUGAUUAUUUCCUUUACUUUUGAAUUUCACUUAAUUUCUAUUCCAUAGUCUUAAUGUUUGAGCUUUUUUUUUUUUUGCAAAAUUUCUUUUAAACAGGUGAAACGCAAAGUUUUAUUAAAACCAUAAAAUGUUUCUUCUAACUAGAUGGUAGUGUAAAAUAAUGACUUCAUAAAUGGAGCCUUACUUGUAUAAUUCAUCUGAAAUACAAGUAUACUGAUCAAGUGAACUCUUGAUAUAUAUAUAUCAGAAUAGAAUCAAUCUAGAGGAGACAAAAAACACUAGAAAAAAAUUAAUGUAAAUUCAGAAUAUAAAGAAAUGUAGGGUAUUGUGAUAAAGAUGAUGCUGCCAUGGAAUUUCACAGUAAGGAAAAAGUUUUCAGUAGGGUGUGUUCACGAAGUAGUUAUAUCUUGAACUGGAUUUUGAAAGAAGUAUAGGAUUUCCCUUGAAAGGAACUAGCAGAGCACAGCAUUGCACAAAAGAGGAAAAAGAGGGAGGGGAAAAAAAGGGAAUAUAGCCAGCAUAUAUCAAUGGCCUGACAUUUAUUUUCUGAGACUUUGUAGAUAGACUGAAAGGAAAUAGAUUUACGUAGAUGCCAUAGACUUGCACUACUAUAACUGUCACCACUACUCUUUUAAGCAGCAGACCAAAGUGGUUUUCUUACAACUUAUAUUUCCUUCUUAUGCUUAUGAUAAUGGAUAGGGAAUUAUCCACUUAAUUUGAUUAUUCUUUGUAAAGCAAACCAGUUUCAAUAUUCUUAGCCCAAAAUUACAUUAUUUAGAACUGACAGAAUUUUCCUCCACCAUUUGCUUUAAAGUUAUAUAAAGUAUAAUUUCUUACCCUAACCUUUCUCCCUACUGUUUCUUCCCCCUUUUUUCUUCUCCCCUCCCCCCAAAAAAAACCCUUAGCUAUGAAUUUUGGUGGAUGGAAAAGGUAUGAAAACUUUUAAUUAGUUUCCCAUUCUAAUAGUUAAUUUCAUUUAAAUAAAGCAUUCUUGCUUUCACAUCUAACAACGCAGUUGGGAAGCAUAAUUUUAAAGUGCGAACAGGUACCUAACAUUUGGUUUAAGCUGUCUCAUGGAAAGGGGGAUGACUUGGAUGACUAAACUUUGGUGUAUAAUAAAUUUGGGGUGCUCUUUAUCUAAUCUUCAAAAAUCUCAGGGAAAAAUCUUCAAAAGUAAUACUUAACAUGGCUGAUGUAGUUUUAAAUUUUUUUUAAUUUUUUUUUUUUUUGUAAUUCUGUAUUUUGAACUGACAGUCUGGUUCUUAUCUUUCUAAGCAGAAUAUUCAAAUUGAAAUAGAUAGUGUGACUAUUUUAUGUAUCACAGCAUAUAAAGACAUUUAACAUGAGGCAUUGAGCAUUAAGGCUUGCAUGGAAAUUUGUCAUGUCUACUUAGCAUAUGAUCUUUGUCUUCAUGGUACCAAAAUAGUAAAAAUACUUUUAAAGUAUUAAUCGUUAGUUAUCCUAAUUGAGAUUACUCAAUUUAGAUGACAUUGUAGGCACAGCCAUAGUAUGAAGCCUUUGACCUGAAAUAGUAUGUCUGUCCAUCCUUUUUUUCCUUCCUCCUUCCCUUUCCUUCUUUGUAGUUCUUAGAGAUGUAGUGGAUUCAAGAGAGCAUCUUGUGAGCAAGAUGUACUAUGAGGCACACAAGCGUGCACACACAUACACGUUAUAUAUAUGUAUACACACACAGCCACAUAUAUACAUAUUUAAUAUAUUAGAAUGUAUCCAAUUAACCAAACUCUUUAAGACAUGCUAGAAUUUAGAUAGAAACUUGGCUUUUUGUGCAGAUUCAUUUUCCUUACCAAAUUUCCCAAGAACUUAUAAAAUUAUGGACAUCCAAAAGAUAAAAAUGCAUUUGGGUAUUAAUAUUUCACUUGGAUUUUUUUUCCAAAGAGGAGAAAUACCACAAUCUUGUUUUUUAAUGUUAAAUUACUAUCCUGGGAGAUAUUUUAAAAAGAUACUUAUCUUUGCACUUAAUUUGAAUAUGUAAGUUAAAUUUGACAAAUCUGAUUUGUUUACAGAAAAAUGAUUAUAUUUCUAAACAGCUACGUGUAUUAUUGUCUUUAAAUAUUUGGGGUCACUUUAUUCUAAGUUAAAAUAAUGACACUAUCUGGAAAACAACCCCUUCAUGGAGGAAGGUGAAUUCAGUAGUUUGAGGUAUGUUUGCCCAUCUAUAGUUUUUUUUUAAAUUGUAAAUUAAAACUAGUUCAUUAUUUUAGGAAUAUUAUGUUUUAACUAUUACUAGUUAUUACUAGUAAGUUAUUACUAGUGUCCAAGGUCUAGCUGUAUUAGUGGGAAAAAGAGACCAUGCUAACUAAAUAUUGUCAUUUUAAAAAUAAAAGUUUUUUUUUUUAGUUCUCGUUAAAAUGUAAAAAAAAAUGUUUUUGUCUUUUUAAAAUUAUUAAUCUAGGUGCUGGAAGAUGCCCAACAUUUAUGCCAAAUAAGCUGAAUUGUGUAUAUGAUAGAGAAUUGGGAGUUAAUAUGACAUGAAAAUUAGCAAAAUCAUUAAUUGUGCAUUUGUAUAUAGUUUUCAUAUUAUUUGCUAGGACUUUAUUAAAGAUAUUAUAGAACUGAUGUGAAAAAAAACUUGCUUCCUACAGAAAAGAUAAAAUUAUGAUAUUAAGACAUGUAUAUAAAAGUAUAACAAGCUUUCAUUAAUCAUAUUAGGUAGAAUCUCAUAUAGUUUGGGCCUUGUUUGCUUUCUUAGUACAUACACUAAAACUGGAAUGAUAACUAAACACUACUAGCAUGCCUUCCCACACCAACUCGGCGUGCAAAUCCACAUUCUAUAUCUCUUCAUUUGUACUAUUAAAAUGUGAAGAUCUGAAAAAAAAAAGUUUUGAAUAUUUGGAUUAAAUUGAGUGGAGUACAAAUACUUAUAACUUUUCCCUUCACUACUUCACUUACACAUGCAUACACACAAACCAACCAAAAUCACAACUGUAGAAAGAGAAUGGUCAUAUUGUAGAACUUCCAAAACUUGAACCAGUUGACCAUUUGAUAUAAUUAAGUCAAGAAGGAGUCCUACUCUAUACCAUUUCAUGUUAUAUAAUUUUACUUUCUCUGUAUUGCUGUGCUUUCUCAAUGAUGUAUCCUGUAAGUAGCAGGUUUUAAAACUCUCCAUGUUUUGUUUUUAAAGUUGCCUUAAUUGCUUCCCAUUUCAAUAAAGUAUUUUAUUCCAUUGG